UAUUACCUUACCGCCCUGCGUGAAAAAGAAAAAAAUUCGGGGCUUGACUCCUGUCGUGCUCUGCUCAACACGGCCACAAGCGCCGCCUUGACGGGACUCCCGCCGGCGGUCCGAAUCCAGCCUCCGACGCCGGUCGGUGCCUCUGCCGUCCGCCCCCACGAAGCCGCCUUCCCCUCUCCCAAUUUCAUGCGAGUCUCGUUCUUCCCCAAUUUCGUUGCUUGCGUGGAACCCUAGCUUGAUCUUUCCUCUAAAACCCUACCUUGUUCUAGCAGUAGAGGAGGGGAAUGAUACCAGAAAUGUGAGAUACGAUUUCUCCUCCCCUCCGUUUCAACAAAUCUGUUUGUGUCACCAAAAUUCCGCCCCCGCAGAGGCAGAGAUCGGCGGCUGAAAAUGGAUUUCCCAAGCUCGCCGGCGGCCGUCGUGGCCAAGGUGCUCGAUGACGACGACCUUCUCCGCGAGAUCCUCCUCCGCGUCGGCUUCCCCACCACCCUCGUCCGCGCCGCGCUCGUCUGCACGCGCUGGUACCACCACGCCGCCGACCGGGCCUUCCUCCGCCGAUUCCGCCAGCGCCACCCGCCCCGGCUUCUCGGCUUGUACGUCGGAGACGUGUUCAUUCCCCAUACACUCGAGUUUCUUCCACGCUUCGUCCCGUUGCUGACCAAGACCCAAGAGCUGGAGCUCGCCACCGUCCUCUGCCGCAUGGCAACCUUCAGCUUGGACACCAUCCACGGGAUGUCGAUUAAGGAAUGCCGGAACGGCAGCAUCUUCAUCUCCGGAUUCCGGAAUCACAAAUACGCAUAUGAAGUGCACAGCCCACUGUUCCCUGAGAGAGGCGUGGCUGUCCUCCCACCACCUCCACCACAUGCAGUGACAGAUGACGCCCAUAACCUUCUCUUGCUUCCUUCCCAGAGGAGGUGACUGUUGCUUAUCGUACAUGUGGCUGGCAAUAGAGAGCAAUGUAAUCCUAUCGGGAAGGUAUACAUGUUGCGAGAUGGUGUCUGGGUCAUGCUUACCAAAGUCAUGACACAACUCCUCCAUCCGCGAUGUUGGCCAAAAUCUCUACUCAUCAAUGAUAGGAUCUACAUGGCUGGGGGCACCUUCGACGACAUUCUUGUGUUGGAUUUGGCGAGCUCCAGUUUCUUCAGUAUUCAGCUCCCAGAAGGGGUAGAGUGGUCUUCUGCAUAUAAACAUUGGAUGGGAUUUCACCAUAGAGAUGUUGUAUUCUCAGGGGCAGAUGAUUCCAGACUUUACCACUCUUGUUUAGAUAUUAUGUUCUGCAAAUGAAAUGUGAACUGCUUUAAUCUCCUAUUGUAUGUUCUUUGCUUUGGCAUGUGCUGUAUGCUUAUGAGUGGUUAACAUUUCUUUUUUCAUCAAUACGCUGUUGUGAUCAAUCCCCUGCUCAUGGUGUGUGGUCAUUGGUCAAUGAGUGGAGAAGGAUAAUGUAGAUAUACAUAAAAAAGAAUUACAGACUUAGUGAUUAACAAUUGUAAGAAUAGGAGUUUAUCUCUUGCAUCUUUGUUUCUCCUAUGGUCAUAUAUGUUGCAUUAUAUGAACUUGGACUGCCUUUGAAUUCUUUACCAGAAACUAUCCUGUCUCAGAUCGUUAACUUGUUAUUCUCAGAAUGUUGUUGAACUUUUAUAGUUCUGUAAUGCUGAAGCAUGCCAUUUUGCACACAGAUUUCAAUUGUAGAUACUUAUAUUUCUCACUGCCACACUUGGCUUUAUGCAUCUUUUCCGAUUUGGGUAUAUUUUGAUGCUUAUUUCCCUCCUAUAUGACAGUGUAUAAUCUGAUCUAACAAUAAGUUUCCUGGGUGACGUUUUAACCUUAUCCGAGCAGUUGUUUGUUCUAUUUGACAAGUGGUUUAGGAUAUCGAGGCGUUUUAUCCGUUUUGCUGAAACAAAUAUAUUGCAUCUUUUGGCCUUUGAGUGCCACAUAAUAGUUGAUAGCCAUUGUAGUAGCCGGUUGUCUUACUAGUUCAUUUGAUAUUCUGUUCUUAGUUACUUUCAUCCUAAUCUCUUUCGUGCUUUGCUUGAAACAGAAGUGCCGCUUGAAGAACAAGGGUUGAAGGAGGAUCUUGGAUGUUGCCUUCCUUUCUGAUAGCCAAAACAUCUUAAAUUGGCAGUCUAAACUAAUAGUUUGUAUGUUUUGUACUGUAUUCGGAUAGACUGUGUUAUGUAAACUGGAACAGAUGAUUAGGAUAAGUCUACCCUUGCUGUUUGUAGUGGAUGAAGAUAUCUUAUGUUCCGCUCUAGAUCUUCCUUCCAUGCUGUCCGACUCCUUGUAUCAGACUUGUUUGCUGUUGCUUCUUCCGCUUAAAAUGACCUCUCUGAAGUCAGACCAUCCUUUGACU